AUGCCUCCAUCCAGUGAACAGAGGCAUUUCUCCAUGCCCCAAUCCAACUUGGAUGGAGGCAAUGCCUCUAUGACAUGGAGAAAUGCCCCCUUCCACUUGGACAGAGGCAUGGAGUGGUUGGAGGCAAGUUUGCCUCCAUUCACAAAAAUUCCUUCUUCCACUUGGACGGGGGGUUUCUGCAUUUCCAGGAGUAAACGAAUCGCGUCGAGCUCGGCAACAGUAACGAUGGUUCUCAAGACAGAGCUUUGCCGCUUUAGUGGUGCCAAGAUAUACCCAGGGAAGGGCAUCAGAUUUAUUCGCUCCGACUCCCAGGUCUUCCUUUUUGCCAACUCAAAAUGCAAGAGGUAUUUCCACAACCGCCUGAGGCCUGCAAAGCUUACAUGGACUGCUGUGUACCGGAAACAACAUAAGAAGGACAUUGCUGCUGAAACUGUGAGGAAGAGGCGCCGAACCACAAAGAAACCCUACUCUAGAUCAAUUGUUGGUGUAACCUUGGAAGUCAUACAGAAGAAAAGAGCUGAAAAGCCAGAAGUUCGUGAUGCUGCACGCGAAGCUGCUUUACGUGAGAUCAAGGAGAGAAAUAAGAAGACCAAGGAUGAGAAGAAGGCAAAGAAGGCAGAGUUGACAUCUAAGUCACAGAAGGCCUCCAAGAGCAAUGUGCCCAAGGGUGCUAUACCCAAGGGUCCUAAGCUUGGAGGUGGUGGUGGCAAGCGUUAG